AUGGCCUCUAUCGCGCUUCCUUCUCUACUGCGCACGUCUGCCCGUUCGCUCGGGCGGCGGGCUAUCCCCACAAUCUCCCCAGGUUUCGUGCGGGGCGUGUCAACCAAGCACCCGGCCGGUUUUGCACCUCCAACGGAAGAUGAGCUUCUCGAGUUGAGGGAACGGGUGCAAGAUUUUACAAGACGCGAGAUCCCCGCCGAGGUUGCGCAGCGGACGGACGAGCAGAAUAACUUUCCUCCGGAGAUGUGGAAGAAACUUGGCGAUGCUGGUUUACUUGGUGUCACUGCGAACGAGGAGUUUGGUGGUUUGGGCAUGGGCUACCAGGCGCACUGUAUUGUGAUGGAGGAACUCAGCCGAGCUUCAGGAAGCAUUGGCCUCUCCUACGCCGCCCACUCUCAACUCUGCGUCAACCAACUUUCCCUCAAUGGUUCGCCUGAGCAAAAAGCACGCUUCCUUCCAGGUCUGCUGUCUGGAGACAAGAUUGGUGCUCUCGCAAUGUCCGAGCACGGGGCCGGAUCGGAUGUCGUCAGCAUGAAGACUACGGCCAAGUCGGUGGAUGGUGGCUGGGUGUUGAACGGUACCAAGAUGUGGAUCACCAACGGACCUGAUGCAGACUUCAUCGUUGUGUAUGCCAAAACCGAGCCCGACGCAGGCUCCAAGGGUAUCACAGCCUUUGUCGUUGAGAAGGAGUUCAAGGGCUUCUCUUGUGCUCAAAAACUAGACAAGCUGGGCAUGCGUGGCUCAAAUACUGGCGAGCUGGUCUUCGAGGAUGUCUUUGUUCCUCACGCGAACGUCCUUGGCGAGUUGAACCGCGGAGUCAAGGUGUUGAUGGAAGGACUUGAUUUAGAGCGCCUCGUUCUGAGCGCGGGACCUCUGGGUAUCAUGCAAGCUGCCCUCGACCUUGUCCUCCCGUACACUCACGUCCGAAAGCAAUUCGGCACUCCGAUCGCCCACAACCAGCUGAUCCAAGGGAAGCUAGCCGAUAUGUACACCAAGCUCGCUGCCUCGCGGGCCUACACUUACGCUACAGCUCGAGAAGUCGACAAUGGCGCGGCUGCCCCCGGUCAGCUAGUAAUCCGCACCCAGGACUGCGCUGGCGCAAUUCUCUACGCCGCCGAGCGCGCGACGGAAUGCGCACUGGACGCUAUCCAGCUCAUGGGUGGAAACGGAUACAUCAAUGAAAUCUCCGCGGGACGACUCCUUCGCGACGCCAAGUUGUACGAGAUUGGGGCAGGCACGAGCGAGAUUCGGCGGAUGGUUAUUGGCCGUGCCUUUAACAAGGAGUAUGCCCAGUGA